UUCGCGCAUGUCUGAACUGUGAAUUUCACACGAUCAACUGUAGAUAGAUUCUCCAAGAAGACGAUUCAAUUCACGCUCCCAUCUCCAUGGGCCAAGUUCAGAGCGACACGGCAAAUGGCUCCGACGUCGCUACUCAGCGCUCAGGAAAUUCCUCUUCAUCUCCCUCUUCUUCUGAUAAGCCACCGCCCCAACCAUCUCUCGAUUCUUUACUUGCAGAAGCUGCAGCAUUUGGUGACAGUGAAGAUGAUGAGUCUAUUGAUGCAAAAGCUCAGAAAGCACUUGAAUGUCCUUGUAUAGCUCAUUUGAGGAAUGGGCCAUGUGGUAACCAAUUUUCUGCUGCCUUCCUUUGCUUUCUGAAGAGCACUGCUGAAGAAAAGGGCUCGGAUUGUGUGCACCCAUUUGUGGCUUUGCAGAGUUGUAUAAAAGCAAAUCCUGGUGCAUUUUCGAAAGAAGUUCUUGAUGACAAAGAAGAAGAAAAAACAAAGACAGAAGAAGAAGAACCUGCAAAGGUGCCCAAAAGGAUACUCCCGCCAAUCUGGUCAGUUGAAUCGAGAAAAUCGAAAGCCACUAAGCCACUUAACGAUUGAUUCAUUUUGAUUCUCCAUUAAUCAACGUUUAAUUCUUUACAACCCAGACUUAAUCUGGUCUUUGCAACCAGAUAUGCCUUAAUUCUCAUAUCAGAUUCUGGCUAAUCCUAGAUACUCUAUUAGCAAGUUUUUUUAAUAUUUUCUUCUUGUUUUUUUUUUUA